UCUCUUGGUCUUUAUGUAAAUAUAGUCACUGCUCUCAACUACAUUUUCGUUGUAGGUUAUGUAUGGCAUAAUAACUAAAGACUACUUUGUUUAACAGAUUCUUAUCGAUUAUAAUGUAACGAUUUUUCUUCGAUGUAAUUUGAAAAAUCAAGUGCUUGGUUAGCAUGGCUGCAUUAAUGAAAAAGCGAGUCUUGGCUGAAUUAAACCAGAGUCAAGUAGUCACGUCCGAACCGCCUGUCAAAUGUCUUAAAACUUUGAGGCUUUUAUCAUCUGGGUCCGGGAAAAAUGGAGCCUCGAACAAAGCUAGUUCUGCUCUUGCUUACAUUGAAUGUUUAGAAAAGUGCAACGAUGGAAAUAAGGCAUUGGAAUUUUUGAUCAGAAUAUCCGAUACCAUUGGGCUGAUGUCUGCAGAAGACAUUCCCAAAAUUGUUAAAAAUCUGGCUGACAGAUAUAAAAUUGAACCAGAAGCUGCUGUCAGAGCAAAGAUAUUUUGGGUGUUUGCCGAAUGUGGAGAACUGAUGUAUGAUUCCGUUGAAAAAACUAGGAUCGUUAACGAUACAGCCAUGCUCUUGAAGAACGAGCAAUCUCACAGGGUAAAGAGUCAGGGUCUGGCAACUUUACUUAAACUCGGUGAUCACAAUAGUUUGGUUUUAAAAGUCGCCAGAGACAAUUUACCAGAUACAUGGCAUGGGGUACAGACGAGAUGUCUCUCCAUAAUUGGACGCUAUUUAUCUGCCAAUGCUGUUGAUGAUACUCUAGUGCUAGUUAACAAUUAUGCCAAAUCUCAAGACCCUCGCGUGAGAGCUCGAGCAUUUGAAACAAUGGCAGAGUUACACUCUCAUCGAGGCUGCAGACUCCCAGCGAGCUUUUUUGAAGAAGCCUGUAAAUGUCUGCGAGAUGAUUACGAAAUAGUUAGACGCGCUGUGUUGAAAUUAAUUUGGCUGUUGGGAAACGAUUAUCCCGAAAUUGUGAUCUCUGGUGGAAAAGAGUGGGCCGAGGACAUGAAAAUGGUUGACAGUGCCUUUUGCAAAUUGUGCAGCUUAAUGGGUGACCUUUCUCCAAAGGUAAGAGCUUCAGCGAUGUCUCUACUUGGAUCACUGAAAGGAGUAUCUCGUCGCCACAUAGAGCAGGCAUUGGACAAAAAACAAAUAAGAGUCGAGGAUGAAGGUGCGGAAGUAGGAGAGCGGACUGGAAUAAACACUUGUGGCGCCUUUAUUCACGGUUUGGAGGACGAGUUUUUAGAAGUCCGGACUGCAGCAGUUGAAUCUUUAUGUUUAUUGUCUCUGGAAAGUCCUGAUAUUGCCCACAUUUCAUUGGAAUUUAUGGUUGACAUGUUCAAUGACGAAAUACAAGAUGUCCGUAUGAGAGCCAUCGAGUCGUUGAGAAAAAUGUCGGGCAGUGUCACUUUAGGCGAAGACCAACUUGAAACUAUUCUAGGAGCACUUGAAGACUUUUGUGGUGAAGUGAGAGAAGGUCUUCAUGUUACCUUGGGAGCAAGUCGCGUGGCAACGAAAAAAUGCCUAGAGAUGUGCGUCGCUAGAUUAUUAGAUAAUUUAGGUCGGUAUCCGCAAGAUCAAGAUAGUAUAUACAAUUGUUUGGCGACAAUGGGAGCAUCUCACCCAUAUUUGACUUUGCCCCUUGUACCACAAUUGUUAGAGCAGCAUCCAUUUUUCGACACUCCAGAGCCCAAUGUUGCUCUGCCAGCAUAUGUGAGCAAAUUAAUAUUGAUAUUCAAUGCCGCGGCUUAUUGUCCCAGUAUGCAUUCUCUGUUCACACACCAUGCUGUGAAACAUUAUCACUAUUUGCGCGAUACCAUGCCACAUUUGGUUCCCAGAUUGAAACCUGCUUUAUUGAUAAGUAGCACGGGUCGCAUCGAUGAAAAAUUAAAGGAUGAAGAAAUGGAGGACGGCAAUGCUCGAGAAUUUUUAAACAAAAUUAUUACCGCGGUGGAACACGCAAGACCCGGAGGCAGGGUUUACACGCAACUUUUGGAAGCAGCAGCUACAGACUUGGAUCGAUUAGCCGAGAUGGAUUUGAGGAUGGAGGGUGUUGCCCGAUUUUCAGCCUUGUAUGUACGUUGUCUGCUUCUGCUAAGACUAAUCGUGAAACAGCUGACACUUUCGCCAACCAUGAUAAGCUCGAAUACGUUGCUGAACGUUGCAAAAAAGAUCACCUCGCUUCACAAAUAUUCACAACAGCUUGUGCGAUUAUUUAUUGGACUGGAGGAUAAUCAAGUUGCUUUGGCUAAAAAUGUUUGGCUCAAAGCAUUAGCGUUGGAUUUGAUCUUCGCGACGAAUAAUGAUCCUACCAACGCGGGGAAUGUAUCUCGACAGUUUCUCGCGGAAACGGAUUCUCUGCCACAGGACACCACAAAAUUGCCACCAUUCUCAAAAGCUUUGGUCCAUCACUUGGCAGCAGUCGGUGAAGCUAAGCCAGCUACUCUCACGAGAAUUCUGGUACCUCUGCUAAUUAAUCUACCGCAACCAGGCGAUGAUAAAUUACCUAGGCCCCCGCAAUCUACAAAAUACUGUCAGGCUAUCAUCGAAGAACCAGUUAAUGAUUCUGACACUGUUUACAAAUUCACAGGAGGACUUAUAUUAGGCAUUCCAUUGACAGCCAAAAUUUUAAAUUUACGUGGUCCAAGUGCCAUAAGAAUAAAAUUGCGAUACCCAGAUCAGAAAGUUCAAUUGCUUCUGCCUCGUAAAUCGGAUCUUAAACUUCAAAAUAAUGGCAAAACAGAUGAUUACAGAUUGAGAACAACAGUACUCUUAUCGCACCAAGUAUGGAUGGAAGCUUGCUCCGUUGACAUAUCGAUAGCACUGCUCGUGGGCUCCGGUACAUGUAACCAUCCACCAUUGGAUGAUCCUUGCGUUAUAGACUUGUGCAAACCUACUAAAAUUUCCGUAUCACCCAAACAGGUCAAAAGAGGAAUAUAAUUAUAUAAGUUUUUUUGUACAUUAUGAACUAGAAAGUUU